GACUGUUGUCCUGGUGACCGGUGUAGUUGCACUAUCAUCGUGUACAGAAGGCAGGGAAAGAGAUGCCUCAACCUGUGGGUGUAGCUGUGCAUGCGCAUGAUACGCCAGGAAGUCGCUGGGAUACAUGAAGAUAAGAUCCAAGUCUUGGGCUACGUGUGUGAAAAAUGAGGCAAAAACAAAACAGAGAAGCAUGCAAAGUUAAUAGCUAUAAGAGGAGAAAUGGGAAUGUGUAGGAGUUGUAGAUGCUUUGCUCUUCUCAGCAUCUGAUCUGUGUACCCGUAAUUUAGUGCAUUUGUAUAUGAGAGAUGCUUGCCCGCCAGCCUGCUGUCUUUUUCUACCCACUCCCCAUCUCCCAUUUCUUACUUAGGUUUAUGGACAUGAGAAAGAAUAGUGUUAGUAACACCUCUGAGUCACAUUUGCCAUCCAGACACACCAUCCUUAACCCAUUCAUACACAUGUCCCUGUACAAUGUCGACUCCAGUUCACUAAUUCCUCGUGUGAAUUGAUCAGACUGAUUUUGCGGUGCCCUGUCACAGAUUAUCUCCUAGGCACUAACAGAAAGCCCUGCUUUGAGCAGCAUAUGAUCCAAGUGGAUGCCAAGAACAACAGAUGGAAAGAGAUGGUAUUCCCAUUUGGACAGAAAGCCUCUGAAUCUGCUUGGAUCAUGAGGAAGACAAAGCAUUCCUGGGCAUCCGUGGAAGGAAGAGGCAACAAGGGGGAGAAAACGGCUGAGGAAAAUGCAAGAAUACUGCCCAAGGCCACACAUGAGGAGAGAAAGAAGCAGGAGGCAAAGAGGAAAAGGACAUUGAAAACCCUGGCAGGCAAAUUGCUAAAGACUGUGGUUGGUGGGAAGGAGACAAUGAAGAAGGCUGUCGAUGAGGAUGUGGCAGGGAAUUUGCUAAAGAUGCCAACCAGUAGGAAGGGAGCGGAGAGAGGGACACCUGCAGAGGAAACCAUCUGCAUAUGCAUUGAGCAAGGAAAAUUUUUGGAAGCUUGUGAUCAUAUUCAUAAUCUGAAGCAUUCUGGAAAUGAUGGUGUGCGAAAGUCUGAAUCACUUUAUGCGCUGCUGGCGGAACGAAUGUGGACUGUGGUGGAAGAAGCGCUCAGUGGAAGUGGUAGGAUGUUCCUGGAGCCAUUGCAGUCAGUGGGGGAGUCACUGAAGUGGGAAAAGCAGAAGGAAGCAGACUGGCUUGGCAACAGCCAAGGAAUGGAUUCUGUUUCCACCUGGAAUCCAAACUUCUGGAGGAAAGAUCUGGAGGAAAAACUGAUACAGUACGUGACAGCCCAGAUUCCCCUGUUUGGUUCCCCUGCUAACACAGAUGAUACUGCACUAAAACAGCAUCUGAGUCAUCUAGAAACGACAUUUCUCCCCAGUCUGGAGCACAGAAGUGAUGUCUUCAAGGAAGCAGGACUGCUCGUCACCUAUGCCCGCUGCUGUCGUGCCUCUUUGUGUUCUCACCUUUCCACACUUACUGACAGUAACCAUUUCAGCUUCAGCCAAUGUCUUUUAAUUUAUGAAUGGGGCCUUAAAAUAUACAAAAGUGGCAGCGAGGCAUGUCUGAGACCCAGCCAGAUCCCCCAGCACAACCUUUCCCUUGAUGAACAGUAUCUUGUGUGGAUUAUUUUGAAGACUGAGGAAAAGUUACUUGCAGUCACACGGAAGGAAGUAGGGAAAGCCCUCAAAGAAGCCUUUGAUAUUGGGAAACCCCCUUGUACAGAUGCCGCAGUCAUUCAGAUACUAACAGAGAAGACAGAGGCUGCCAGGCGUAUCAGCGAGAGCCUGAGCGAGAAGGUGGAAGCUGUGUGCCUGGAGCAGUGCCUGAGGUUCCUGGAGAGCUAUGAAGAUGAAGUAAGAAGCUUUCUCCAGCUUGAUGGCUGCCCACCAAUCUGCAGCAGUUUACGAAUCCUAGAGAACUGCUGCCUUCUCAGGACUGUCUGGCUUAAGCUAACAUACAUUUGCAGUGCCAGCACUGGCCAGAAUCUUAAGGUAAAUGGAUUUCUAGACAGGAUGGAAGAUGACAUUACAGAGCGUUUUCUGCAGACAGUCACUUCUAAAGUCAAGGGAACACUGAAGGAUCACUUCAAAAAGUGUGACAGUGGUUUUGGCCACAUUCUUGAAUCCUUAAAGCAAAGCUUUUUGGCCUUUGGGAAGAAAAAAACAGAUAUGUAUGAGGCCCUCGUCCAGGCUGUCAAUGCCAUUGUUAUUACAGAAUAUGUGCAGGCUCUCCUGACCACUCCCAGGAAACCAUCUUCUGUGCAGAGGAGGAGGGUUGUCAAGAAGAUAGAAGAAGAUCAUAAGAUGAUGCAAGCCAUCUUUAAAGAGUGCUUAGGUCCUGCAGCUGGUCCCCUCAAGGAUCCCAUAAAAGCAAUUUUAGAACUUAUUCAAGCUUCUGACGUGGAGGGGAUGGAAAUAGCUCUUCUGCCCAUUCUCAAAGAAUUUCCUGAGCUCAGGAAGGAACAUCUGAGCGUGGUGCUGGACCUCAAAGACUCACUCAGCCGAGAAGACAGAACUGCUCUCUUGAAGGCAUUUGAAGAUAACUGCAGGGAAUCAGAAACAGAAGCAAACUUACUUUUUGCAGAUAUAGAAGUAAAACCUAGAAAAUAUGGGCUCUGUGGCUGCCUCUGCUGUUAGCAAAGGCCUGCUAUGAGAAAUGUGAAGCCUUGCUCCCAUGUGGCAGCACCUGCAAUCACAGCUCCUUGAAAGCAUCAGGGACCCAUGCAGCUGAUUAUAUGGAGAAGCCUGUCAGCUAUGGAAGACACAAUUUCUGCAUUUUGCAGGAAAACCACGUGGCUGAAAUCCUAAUCUUCUAUGCAAAAUCAAGGAGGGAGAUGGAUGGGACAUGGCAGAAAGACAUUCCUCCAAAAUUUCCUAGAGAUUGCCACUUAGCUGAGUCCUAGUGGUUAUUCCCAGGAUGUGGCAUGGUGGCAUGUGUGAAGGAGGAAGGUUCACCCUUACCAAAUUUCUCUCUGUUUCUAUCCCUUGUUUCCUGCAAUCUCACAUGACACCAGGGACAUGUUGUCCUAGCAUUGCAACCUCCUGAGGGACCCAAGAUCCUCUUAGGGAAUCCCACCUAGCCCAUAGUGCUGGGGGUGCCUGCUGGUCUGGGCACCUUGAUCCUCCCCCCUGAAACCUGACCCACACCAGGAGGGGUGCAGACAGAGCUGCCUCUUCCCUCACUCACAAAGGCUGUGAUCCACUUUGGGGGCAGCAUGCCAUGGUGGGCUGUGAGAUGGGGAGCGCUUCCCAUAUGAGUUUUACAGCUGGCUCUGGAGCAUAGUCUUGCAUUCAUUUUUAUCCCUCAGUUACUGGAAAUUUCCUCUUGGAGAGGGAGGGGAAAGCCUCAUGGGAAGCAGGCAGUGAAAGGAGUUUUUUGUCCGAGCCUCUGGGCAAGGUCUCUGCUAGUUUUCAGAUGUAAAUAGGCACUUCUGACAGGAAAACACUGACUUUUCUUCCCAGUUAUCUAUGGACUGGUCAUAACCUCCAAGCUGGAUGUGGUUCAAGGCCCUCCUUUGCUAUUGUGUGCAAACAGGCCAUUAGUGCUCCUCUCCGACAGCAUAAACAAGCAAAAGAACUCUGCCUCAUAUGUGCCAGUGCUUUUCUGAGCUGCCAUUUUCACUCGAAUCUGCUUCCCUAUCAAGUAAAGGGGAAAAUUUGUGCAUAACCUGUCAAUGUGUGAGGCAGCAGAUGUGUCAUGCCCUGGGACCCUGGGCAGAACCUGGUGGGUUCUGCCACGCUCUGCAGUGCUGUGCCACCAUCCCAGGGGCACAGCUGUCCCAGCUCAGGGGCAGCUUCUCUGCCCAGAGCCCUGGGUGCAGAUGGGGUCCUGUGAGCUCUUCAGGAGCCAGGCAGGUUUGUAAUUGUCACUAGCUUUGCACCUGGUGCAGUGCUGAGCGUGGCAGUGCAGCAGGAAGGAACAAGCUGCUCCAACUCCAGGGAGUCCUCUGUGUGCUUUCAGGGCCCCAUGAGACCUUGGCAUCAUUACGCUGCAUCCCUCACGUCACUAAAGGGCAGUGAGAGCAUCCCAUGGCCUGACUGCCCUUCCUGACUGCAUGGCUGCUCCAAAGUUCAGUCCUGGUGUCCCUCACAUUUCAUAGCUGUGCAUUGCAGCUUCAGUGAGACCUUUCCUGGGAUGUGGGAAGGCUGGGGGAGUUGAGGCAGCUGCAGCCUGGACAGGUGGGCACAGCUGGGCUCUGGGGCUGAGUGGGCACCUGUCCUCCAAAGGGUGCCAGCCCUGCCAGGCACACUGGGCCAGUUACUCUCCCCUCCUGACGAAUUGCACAUUUUUUCAAGGGUGGGAAGGGAUGAUAGUCCUGCAUGACAGACCCUGUUGUGACAGCAGGGUCAGGGUCAGCCUCUGCCAAUGGGAAUUUCAAGUAACAAGCCUUCCAGAGGAAAUAAAUAAAAAUAAAAACCCCUCUGACAUUUCAGUCACCACUGGGCUAAAAAUAAUGCCACAGCAUGUGGAUGGCUCUGACCACGUACGUGUCAAUGUCUAUGUAUGUCUCUGCCAUUUGACAUCCACAGGCAGACGAGGGUAUAUUCCACUUGGAAGCAGCAGCUGGGAGCUGUGAGGGACGCUGGGCUCCCCACUGCUUUGUGUGGAGAAACACCCCUUUCAAUGAGGCUUUGUAGCAGCAAGUUUAUGCACAUUGUGUGUAGCAUCCAGUCAUGGAGAGACCAAAUAAAGUCCUGAGUUUGUCCAUGAGGCUUAGUGCUGAUGGCAUAUAU